AUGCCCAACAUCCUCCUCAAAGCUGCCGGCUCCGGGGCAGAGAUUGCCAAUUGUACCAUCGAACCCUUGGAACGCGUGGCCAGCCUCCGCCGUGCUGCCGUGGCAGCUGGCUACGGUGGGCCGCCCGAGCUCCGCUGCGGCCUUCGCCUGAUGUCUGGCUCGCGGGUGCUGCGCGACAGCGAAACUCUCGAAGCUUCGGGCCUCGGUGGUGGUGGGGAGGUGGAGGUCGUGAGGAUCCCGGCCCUCGAACUCUGGCGUGAGAGCAAGAUCGUGUGGAGCACCAUCCAGGUUCCUGUGGGGGGCCCUUUGUGUGAGGGUGCCAUCGUGCAGCAAGUGGGCCGUGAUCGCCUUUUGGCAUUUCCUACCCGGCCUGCCUGGCGCUGGUACAAUGAACAUCUUGACGAAUCUGCCUGCAAGGACCACAUUGGCAAGUACGAGGUCAAGCGUUUCGAGCCGUCGGACAUCUGGCUGAUCGGCGCCAACGAGCCCUUUGCGCUGCAGGGGUCGGUGCAGGCGGGCAGCGGCUACGUCAGCGCGAGGCGGGUCCCUUUGCCCGUGCCGGAUGGACAGGCCAUCCAUGCCUUUCACUUCCAAGAUCAGCUUGCCACCGUGCUAACGGCUCCGGGGCGUUCGGGCGAAGCCAUGGAGGGCAUGAAGGAUGGGGUGCUGCAGAAGUUCCGCCUCUGCGGCGUCGAUGCGGAUGAUCUCUGCGCGGCGCACUUCCAGCCGGAAGGUCCUCCCGUUCCCUUCAAGUUCAAGUUCCCAGCCGUGACCGACGGGAUGGAUCACCGAAUGGAGGGUUAUGUUCCGGCCCUGCGCAAGUUUGACUGGCAGGAGGGUGACCACUCCGAUGGCCAAGCAGGAGGGUUCACCCGUCCCCCGUACGUUGAGGUUCCGGGUGUCGAUCGCUGUGGCCAGCUGGUGGCCAGGGUUUGUGCAACCCAAGAUGAGGAUCUCGAGCAGCUUUAUGGCGAGGUGUUCAACUUCGAAGUUUGUGAGCUGCAGGACGGAGGUGAGCCUAAGCAGUUGGCCACCUGGAGAGCCAAAGGCUGUAUCAACAACAGGUGCCAGAGCCUUGGGGACCAGCUCAUGCUGUUCGCAGGGCUCCAUUCGGGCGAGGACGCGUUCUAUGAGAACAUGCAGCUGAUCGAGUGGCAGACACAACACGUCCUCCGAGAGAUCCCCCUCGAGUUUGAGCCCAGUUACAUCGAGUGCGAGUGGCCACGUGGGAUCCUGUCAGGGAGCACGCAGACCUUCUUUACCUGCGGAAUGUCCGGCGACUACAGGGAAACUCGUUUUCAUUUUGGGGCUCCGGAGAUAUGA